ACUGCAUUUUAUCAAAACCUAAACUCAAUAAUCAAAUAAAAUUAAGAAGAUUUCUUUGAUUUUUAACGAAGGAAUAUUAUUCAAUCAAAAACUAUACAAGAAAUAAACGUAUGCAACUCUUAAAAUUCUCCCUGAGAAGAAAAUAUAACAGCCAAGAGUUAUUAAAGGCAACAGCAAAGGAAAAACAAUCGAUUUUUCAAAGUCACAUUUUUAGGAACGUUUACAAAAUGUUGUAGGUGUAAAUAUGCCAGAAAAUUUAGAAUUACAUCAAUUUGUAGACGGUUUUCGUCGCGGCGAAACGUCGACAAAACGUUUAUUAACACGUUGGAAAUCGCAAAUGAAUUGCCCGUAUUUAGGUAUAAUACUGGCAACUUUAUCAUCCUUGUUCUUCUCAUUGUGCUCUGUGAUAGUUAAGGGUUUAGUAGAUGUAAAUCCGAUGGAAUUAGCAUCCUUUAGAUUUGUUGGAGUCUUAUUGCCCGCCAUACCUAUUGUUGUGUAUAAUCGUCAGCCGGUAUUUCCAGCCGGUAAACGUGUCAUUUUACUGUUGCGUUGUUUUAUGGGCACUACUGGCCUUAUGCUUAGCUUUUACGCGUUUCGACAUAUGCCUUUGGCUGACGCCAGUGUGAUUAUAUUUUCAACACCAGUUUUCGUGGCGAUUUUUGCUCGAGUAUUCCUAAAAGAACAGUGCAGCAUCUUUAAUGUGAUUACAAUAGUUUUAACUUUGGUGGGCGUAGUGUUAAUAACUCGACCCCCUUUUGUAUUUGGCGAGACAUCAGCCUCCGCUCUAGAAAGCGAACGUUAUGCUGGCAAAAAUUAUGACAUCUGGGGCCCGGUGGCUGCCAUAUCGUCCACUUUAUUCGGUGCUAAUGUUUAUAUAUUACUAAGAGCUUUAAAAGGUUUACACUUUUCCGUCAUUAUGACUAACUUCGGUGCUUUCGCCUUAAUCUACACUUUAAUAGUAUGCGGUUCGAUUGGCGCCAUUUGUUGGCCAGCUUGUGGUCAUGAUAGAUGGCUCGUUGUUGUAUUGGGUAUAUUUAGCUUCUUAGGACAAAUUCUUUUAACAUUAUCUUUACAAAUGGAACAAGCCGGCCCCGUCGCUAUAGCUCGUUGCGCCGACAUCGUUUUUGCCUUUAUAUGGCAAAUUAUGUUUUUUGGUGAAACACCUACCGGUUAUUCCUUGCUGGGUGCUGUUUUAGUAGUUAGUUCCGUUAUAUUAACAGCCCUUAAAAAAUGGGCUCUUUCUUUGCCACGUGAUUCGAUGGUGCGCAAACGUUUACGCUAUUUAAUCAUGGAUUAAAUCGUUUAAAUUAAAGCAAAAAACG